CUCCUAACCUCUCCAGAGGGACCUUCCCCUCAGAAAAGAGAAUCGUCGGGACGGGAAGCACGACGUCCGAGAUUUACGUGUGGAAGAAGCCCUAAACUGUCUGACUAACAUGGAUUUAUUUUUUGUUCUCUGAUUGAAGUAGUUAUUGUGAGUUUUUCUUUUUAACGGAAGCAUGAAGACGUUUUAUUUUGCGAUGAACACAAUAAUGAAUAACGUUGUGCUUUUAAUCCUCACCGUGGUCAUUGCGACUUCUGCUGCUGAACCCAGCCGCAGGUUGGCCAUGUCAGAAGAUACAACCUGGAAUAAGACAUCCAGCCAGAUUCUUUGCAAGGAAAACCAAGAGUACCUACAUGACAAUUUUUGCUGCAAAAAUUGUGAGGCUGGAACUCAUGUGGACAUGCCCUGCACUCCAGACUCAGAGAUGGGAACAUGCGCGCCCUGUGAGCCCAACACCUACACGGAGCAUUCAAACGGCAUGCUGCGAUGUCUCCCGUGCACAUCAUGUCGCAAUGACCAGCAGAUGGUGGCUUCAUGUACCCGCACACAGGACACGCAGUGCCAUUGCAAGCCCAGCACCUUCUGUGUGCCCGAGCAAGCCUGCGAAGUCUGCAAGAAGUGCAGCAGAUGUAAACUGGAUGAGGAGAAGGUGCAGAACUGCACAAGCAUGUCCAACACCGUCUGCAGGAAAAAAGGCGCCACACCCCUCCCCACCCCAACCCCCACCCCCUCGCCCACUCCCAGAUCAGUUUCUCCAUGGAUCAUUAUACUGAUAGUAACACUAUUUUUUGUCAUCAUUUCAUCCAUCAUAUAUUAUUUCUGGAAGAAGCAGUGGUGCAUCCACAGUAUAACAGCCACUCCAAUAGACGCCAAGGACAUGGUGGUAAUUCCAGUGGCCAGUGAGAACAACCAGACGGUAGAAGAGCAACAGAAUGACCAGAAUGCUUUGCGGGAGGAGCCACAGCCAGGAAUUAUGUGCACACCAGAGGAAAUGCCCCUCAAGUCCACCUUAGAUGAAGAAGACAAAGGGCUAGGGGACAGUCUGCCCAACACCACCAGCUCAUCGCAAACCAGCUUGCCACGCGACAGCCCAGAGUUGUGCAGGCCGCUGGCAAAAGAAUUGGAUUACCCGAAUGAAAAACUAAUUCCAGCGAAAAAUCUAAAUGGGGAAGACGCCCUGAAGAAAAGCUUUGAUAUUAUUGGGGAAUGUCUGGAUGCACAUAUUUAUAACCGUUUUUUCCGGAAUAUAGGGCUCAGCGAUAAUGCCAUAAAAAAUGCUACCAGCUCUAAUCCUGCAGACAGAGUUUAUGAACUCCUUACGACCUGGAUGCAGCGAGAAGGGCGAAAAGCUGAUAUUAAUUACCUUAUUCAAAUAUUGAUUAGUUUAAAUCAAAGAUUAUCAGCAGAAAGCAUUAUUGCAAAGGUAAUUGAAGAUGGACUUUAUAUGUAUGAUGACCAAUGCUCGUAAACGCAUGGCUUCAUGUUACUUGAAAAACUUGAAACAUGUUGGAACUGAGCCCUUGUUAUUACCUCAGGUAUAAGUUCUACUUGGGAAGGAAAGGCAGUGCUGAUCUUUUCCCAGCAUUCACUUGGAGCCCGCUUGCCAGUUGCACACUGUCUCCAUCAUUUGUGAUGGUCAGGGCUGUUACCGUGUGAACAGGACUGGAUAUACACUGGUUUAGAAUAAGCAGCAUAGCCAAAGGCACUUUUCAGUACAGUAUGUCCACUGAGCUGUUUUCCGAUGGGCUGUCAUCAGGCGGAGAUCUUUUGCCAGUGCUGGUAUCCAUUCCAUCAGGUGUUUUGAAAACUUGUCUCUGCCCAUGGUACAGAAACUUGCAUGUUUCUGUAAGUUUAGUAUCAAGUCGGCCUUUUCAUUAAAAUCAGCAUUAUUAUCCAUAGCUGGCUUUUCUGUAAUAGGUGUUUUAUUAUUAUUUUUUAGUUCCUCACAAAGAUGUUUGCUUUCGUAAUUUUUAUUUAUAUGUCAGAAUUUCCCCCCAAAAGUUUUAAACUCAAGCACAAUUCCCCCAACUAUGAUUACUUCGGGAAGCUAACCCUGCUAUUUUGUGUUAUUUUGUAAAUUUAAUAAAUAUUAGUUGCUAUAACAUUCUUCCAAUACAUAUAGCAAUGCUUCUUGUAUGGUCCAAUAUUUAUUUUGACAAAAUAUUUUAUAAGUGUUUGUCUUGUUUUUUGUUGUUUGACUUUUUUAUAUAAGAAUGUAUGUUUUCUCUUAGGUCCUGUACAUUCUUAAAUAAAAAUAAUGAAUAAUACAUGUAGAAAAUGUCUUGGUGUUGGGUCAGUGGGAACCCGGGUGUUCAGUAGUUAUGCAUGCAAUUUAACAUAUUUAUUGCAUAUAGAAAGUCUCUCCAUGGGUUACAGUUCAGAAAAGAUUCUUUUUCCAUUAAGUGGACGGUAUUUUGAAGCAUCUUCAUCAUUACCAAAAAUGGAGAGAAAUCAUUUAGUAACCUAAAAUGUGUGGCACGGUGCAGAGAGUAUUACUGUUGCUUCCUGUCUCCAGGACUGAGAGUUCAGAUCCCGUUUCUGCUCUGUGUUUUUAUUUAAUUUAGUUUUGAUGUUCUAUCCCUGUGCUAGUCCAAAGACAUGCAAAUUUGCCUGUAGUGUGUGUGUGUGUGCGCCAUGGACUGGAAUACUAUCCAGGAAGUUCCCCUGCCUUGUGUUCUGUGCUGCCUGGGAGAAGUUCCAUGACCUCCUGUGACCCUAUAUGGAUACACGAUCAAUGGACUAAAAUAUUAUUUUACCAUGAAGUACACAGCAUUUAUAACUGCCUUUACUAAGCAGAAGAAUAGGUAAAUGCAUUUCAGAUGACACAUCAAGCCAGAUUGCUGUUAUGUUCUUUAAUGAUUGUGAUUAAUUCAGAAUAAAAAGGACUGAACCAGAAAA